UACCAAACAUGGCGCUGGUAGGGCACAUGCUCAGUAUACGCUACAACAUUAUCGCUGCGCCGCCGCCAUUACUCUACUACAAAUAUCCGUGAAUGCAAUCUCCGUACUAGCCCCAUCGACAUCACAAUACCCCAUUUAUCCAUUUCACACGUCUCCUACGACACUUAAAAUGCUACAAAUAAAGGAGGCUUGUGAGUCAUCGUGGUAACCAUGAUGCAGGAGAGCCCCCGUUUGCCCCCUAUGCUCAACCCCGGCUGGACCCCACCCACCAUAUCUAGUAAUAGUGUGGGUGCAGGUCAUCGUGGGACGGGUAAGCGGGCACGGGGGACAGGGAUCCUCAAUGGUCACCAUGGGAAGCCAUGUUCAAAUAUUCAUCCUCAUCAACAGCAACAGAGUACCCAAGAUACCCCACAUCCACAGAGUCAGGUCCCGUCCCCUGCCCCACCGCCAACCUCGCCCCAACAGCCUUCAUCUAUACCGCCCCAAGCACCAAUGUCACUCAGGGAUACACCCAAGUUACAAGCCACUCCAAAGAGGGCAAGUGGAGCAGUGUCUGUGUCAUCGCCUGAGUCUCCUUCUCCAGCCAACCAGACGAAAGGGAAAGACCUCUGGGGAGGUUGGCUUGGAACGUCCCUUGGCUCUCAACGCAAUCAUGCAGAUGUCACCAAACAGCGUAACAGCUCCAGUCCCUUGCAUAGUUCUGAGCUUAGGACAUCUGGGUUUGAUAUGACCAAAUUGUAUCCUGAAUUAUCAGCCAAAUUGGGUCUCACUAAACCCAGUCCUAGUGACAACACGAGUAGCCAUAAAAAUGGCAUAACCUUUAAAGAACACCUUAACUCAGGCUGUUUAAAGAAACUUGAGCAUGUGACUGAUGAUUCUAGGAUUAAGAUAAUUUCUACUGGCCAGAUAGUUAGUAACUCAAGAGGGAUAUUAGCAACAAAAAUUGGCAAUGGAAUUCAAACAAGUAAAUCUUCUAGCAGUAGUAAAUCAUAUAAGCAAAAACACAAAGCCAGUGACAGAGGACCAAGAAAAGAUGGUCAUAACCGUUCGAGUAUUCGUUCUGAUUCAGGUGGUGACAGGGGAUCAAAAAGGGAUAGCCACAGUCGUGUAAGAUCAGACACAAGUGAUAAGAUACCUAAGAAAGAUGGCCAUAGUAGGUCAAGUGGACGUUCAGAAUCUGGGGAUAGAAGUGGGUCUAGGAAAGACCAUUCACGUUCUGUGGGACAACCUGAUUUUUUGUCAAGUGGAGUAAUUCAUUCAUCUUCCCAUGGGCUAAGUCGAUCUCCCAGUAAGGGACCAAGUUCUUUCAGUAGCAGAAGUACUGGAAUUGAAAGUAUGGAAAAGAAGGCUAUUGCUAAUAGUGUUCCUAGCAGCAUAUUGGAAGAACAACUACGCGGAGGGGGACCAAGCUCUCGACAGGUGAUGAGUCUCUCAUCUUCUGUAGUAGACUCUCCACUUCAUUCGAGGUUAUCAGAAGUUGGCUUAACCAGACCCGUCGGCUCAUCAGCUCCUUUAUCUAUAUCAUCAUCAUUAAGCUGCCCCAGCAGGAGUCUAGUCAUGGCCCCAGCCACAUACCCGCCUUCAGUGGCCGCCCACCAACCCAGGGUGGUUACCCUACCUCCUAGGAGACUGCCCCAACAUGCCAUCAGUCACGCUGCUGCUGCCUCUCUCUCUGAGUCUCUCUUACGGGUCCAUACGCUACGGGAAAAAUAUUACGCUUAUAAUUCCGAUCUCUUUCCUUUAGGCGUCGAGACUAGUGAGGAGAGUGACUUCAGUGAUGUGGAUGAUAUGUGUGGAAGUCAGCAAGAAUGGGUUGACCCAACUGCAGAUAUUUGGGAUACGAGACAGAUUGGUCCUGACCAUUUAACACUGGAUGUGUGUCAGCCAUCUGGUGGUAGUAAUUGCCAACGGUCUGUUAUUCUUGCGGCUGCUCUGGCAUCGCACAGAAGACAGGUUGAAGCUUCUCGAUUACGGUCUGAAGUGCGUGCGUGGGAAGUAGAUAGAAAAUGCCCUCUCACCAACUCUUUGGUAGAUGCUGCACGCACACACCCUCGCCUGACAGCUGAUGCUUGUUGUCUCUACCGAAGUACUUCCCAACCCCAAACAAAUCAAGAAUCUCCUAAGAUGAAGCAUAGGUUUAAGUCGUCAGUAUUGGUGCGUCGGGCUUGUGUAUAUGACGAUGGUGAAGGUAAAGGAGAGUGUGGUGAGCCAUCUUUGCCAGGCACGAGACACUGCUUACGGCAUAUAAUGUAUAAUGUUGAUCAGUUAUUAUUUACACACUGCACAGCGCGCCUCUCCGAUAACACCCUUUGUCGGGUACCUGUUGUUGACGUUUCCCUUGAGCUUCCACUAUGUCCUGAGCAUAGCAAAAAGAAGGAUAACUGUAUUAGAACAGUGCCCGAAGAAACACCUAAACCAAAACGACCCCGGAAAAAGAAUAAAAUGCCCAUUUUAUCACGAUAUGGAAAAAGAAGUAAAAAACGACGGAGAUCUUCCAAUUCUACAAGUUCCAUUAUUCCCUCAACCAGUGUAAGACCUCCAAUGGCCAGUCAGUCUUCACUCUCUUCACCUCAACCAUCACCCUCCACACCGCAGACAUCCCCCCAUUUUUCUACUACAUCCUGUACAGAUUCUCUGGCUGAAGCAGAAGAAAGUGAGUUAGAAGAUGACAUGGAAGGCAUGAGUUUGGAUGCUGCAUCGCGAUUGCUUGACCCAAGAGACCUUCAGGAUGUACUGAAUCGUAUCCCAGAUCAUGAAUUAAACCAGCUCUUUGAUGCUCCAGAAGGGAAGAGUGGAGAGUUUGAUGGUCAUUCUGAUGAGAAAGAGGACUUGGAAGGUCAUAGAGAAGGAGAUGAUGAUGUGCGCCGUCACUGUCCACCCCACCCUGUUCGUCCCUCAGCUGCUAAUCCAGCUCUUAUAGCAGCCUCGGCCACAACCAUUACCACCUCAGCUACUCCACCUCUAACAGAAGAAGGCACUACACUUAGCUUAGAUGAGUCAACCUUAAAUGAGCUUGUUGCAGGCAACAUCCCAAUUGACUCUAUCAUUUCCUCCUCAUUUAAUCAACAAGAACUUAAUACUAUAUCACAAGCCCUCUCCAAUAUUGUUCAAGAAAAUAACAUUAAUUUAGCUGAGUUUGAUUUGAGUGCCAGUCAUUCAUUUCCCACCACUGAGGUGGGAGGUGGGUGUUCUGUAGUCGAUGUGAGUGACAGUUCACUCAUGUCUCAGACUAGCGAUGCUACUGGGCAGACUGAAUUUUGUGAAUCAGAAACUCCAAUAGCAGAGUGUAAGGGGAAUUUAUUGAAUCAACGUCCUGGACUCGUUACUGACACUGCCACUAUUUCUCCAUUAAAGUGAAGUGUCUCAUCAAGAGAUAUUGUUGUGUUGCUGUCAGUUGCAAUUUUGACUGCAUUGUGACUGUUAAAGCAUGAAAGUGUAUGUGUAAAGAGGGGUACUGGCUAGAUAUUUAGCAUGUUUCAUAUCAGUGGAAAAACAUAAAAAAGUAAAUACCUGCCAGGAAAGGGAUUUGAUUGAAACCUUAAUAAUAAAGUAAACGUUUUUCUUUUGCAUAUGUAAUUACAUUAAAGGCUUUGUGUGUAUAUUAGACCAACAAAAAUAUAAUGAUAUAUUCAUUAGGACUGUAUUGUCUUGUA